GCGGCCGCGGCCGGCUCGGGCCGGGCCCGUGGCGGUGUCGGCCCAGCGCGACUCGGGCUCGGUGCUCCGGGGCUCCAAGGACGUGUCGGUGUCGGUGCCAGCCCAGCGGGAUUCGGGCUCGCUGCCCCUCGCCCCGGGUCUCGGUGCCGCUGGGCUCUCGGUGCUCGGCAUGUCCCAGGCGCUCAUCCCCCAGGACAUUCUGAUCUGCUGUUCCCAUGACAAGCCACUGACAGCCAGUCCAUGCUCACAUCAAAACUCCACCUAUUCCUACCAAAACUACCAAGUGAGCAGCAUUACUGCUCCUGGAAAUGGAGAUGGCCUGAGCACUUACAUCAAGAUGUGGGCAGACACCCAGAGAGAGCUGGACACCAUGCUCCAGAGAGAGAGAGAGGAGUUCCUCCAGCCACAGGAGGACCGUGAGAAAGUGAUGAAGAUGUUGGCCACUGCCUAUGUCCAAUACCUGGAAAUCUUCCAGAAGCUGGAGGAGGCCCACGACCACCUCAUCCACCAGCAGAAGCGGGCGGCGGUUCGGCAGGUGCUGGACGGGGUCAUGGGCCGCAUCCUGGAGAUCAAGAAAGAGAUGGUGGCCCUGGAGAACUCCGAGUGUCACUCCAUGGACGGCAUCCUGAUGGAGCUACAGCGUGUCCCGGAAGACAUAGAAAUCCCCAUCCCAAAGUAUUUCAUUAAAGAAAACCUGGGAAUCCUGCAGGACAGGGAGAAAUACCUGCACGAGAUUUUGCUGAAUGCUGGUUUGCUGGAACAGGAACCUGUCACGGCCAUGACACUUGAGGAAGGCAUUAAAGUGAUCCAGGUGGCAGAACGGGCUCGCCAGGGCCGCGCCCGAGCAGCGUUCAUGAAGAGAAUUUACCUUGAAGAGAAAAGACAAAGUAAAAAAGAGGAGCAAGAGACAGGUAAAAGUCCAGAUGAUGCUGCCACUUGCAUUCAAAAGGUCUGGCGUGGGCACAGGCAGCGCAAGAAAACAGAGAAGCUGAGAGAGGAGGAAAUGAUAUUUCUGGGCAUGAGUCUGCCUCCUGACUUGGAGGCAAUGAGCAGUUUGCAGAAAGAAAAUGUCCUGCAAUGUGAAGUCCAGGAAAGAGAAGACUUCUCCUUCAGGCACGAGCUGAGGAGAACAGAGGGGCCCCACAUCAAGGAAACCCUCCAGGACCAGAUCACCCAGUGCUUCCUCGAGUGCAGGCAUAUCACAGGCAGGUUUCCUGACUAUCCCCCAGAGAAGACAGGCGGUUCCAAGGCUAUUUUUAUUGAAAAACAUCCAGAGCAGGUCCUUGAAGAGCUGGCUGCCAAAAAGGCAGAGGCAGAGAGAAAAGAAAAGGAGAAGAAUGGAAAAAAAGACAAGGAAACUGUGAAAAAGCCAAGUGAAAAAAAGCCACCAAAAGUUGGAAAGCAGGUAGUGGAUGAAAGCUGGAAAAUGGGUCCAAGCAAUUUCCUUUUGAUGCUGGAGGAAGGAAGCUCUCAGUACCAAGUCUUUUGGGAGAACAGAGAUAACAGAUUGGAUUUUCUCCAGGAUCAUGACCCAGAGCUGAUCAAAGGAGAGGAACGGGAGGAAGUGGAGGAAGAGAUCAGAGUGCAGGUGGAUGAAGUGAUGCAGCAGAAGCUGCUGAGAGUCAAACAGGCUGUGGAUGGAGAGACAGGUCCUCAGGGCAAAGCUGGGAAAGACAAGGGAGAAAAGACACCUGGGAAGAAAAAAAUACCCGAGCUGGAGAGAGAUCUGACACCUGACAGGACCAUUGAAUCCCUGUACCAGGAACUUGCAGAAGAAGGAUUGCUCAUCCAAGUCAAGAAUGUGAAUCUCUCUGACUACAUUGGCUACUACGACUGUCUGAGGAGCAUCCUUCGGGAGACAGGUGCCCAGCCCAUGCCCUCCAUCCCAGAAGUCAGACAGCUCGUGGCACUCUAUGGAAUAUUGCCCUUGGGUUCCCAAACUGUCCAUGAGAAUGCUCCUCUGGUGAAAUCCCUGUUGCUGGCAGGACCCGCUGGUGUUGGUAAGAAAAUGCUGGUCCAUGCCAUCUGCACAGAAACAGGAGCCAACCUCUUCAACCUCACUCCUUCCAGCACUGGGAAGUAUCCAGGCAGGGAUGGCCUGAUCAUGAUGCUUCACAUGAUUCUCAAGGUGGGCAAGGAAUUGCAGCCUUCAGUCGUGUGGAUUGGAGACACAGAGAGAGUAUUUUCCAAAGGGGCACCCAAGGGAGAAGAAGAGGUGAACUUCAAGCGCCUGGCAAAGGUGCUGCCCCUGUUCCUGAGGGCUCUGAAACCCAAGGACAGGGUUCUGCUCGUGGGCACCUCCAGCAGGCCCUUCGAUGCCAAUCUGGGACCUUUCUGCAAAGUUUACCAGAAGAUCAUUCUCAUCCCGAAGCCUGACUACCUGACAAGAUUUGCACUGUGGAAGCACUACAUCCUGCAGCGUGGUGGGGCCCUCACCAGGCUGGUGAACCUCAACUGCCUGGCCCAGGUGUCGGAUGGCUUCACCCAGGGACACGUUGUGGACGUGGUGCACGCUGUGCUGACUGAGCUGAGGCUGCUGCAGAUGGCCAGGAAGCCACUGAGGACUGCUGAGUUUGUCACUUCUCUGGCCAGACACGAGCCAGUGUACAAAGAGGAGGAAGAAACGUUCCAGGCCUGGUAUGCCAAGACCCCGCUGGGGAAAGCAUGGAGCACAGCACAGGCAGCAAAGGAAGAAGAAAAAGAAAAAGGAAAGAAAGGAAAAGGAAAAGGGAAAAAGUAACUUCCUCAAGGAUUUUUCACCUGGCCAUACCAGUCACAACUCUAUUUCUCUGUGAAGGCAUGGCAGAUUAAUGUUAAAGGUAUUCCAGGGAAGAGAAUUCCUCUCCAAAUGAAUUUUCUAAAGUUAAAAAAAAAAUUAAAAAAAAAAUCAGAUGAGAUGUAACAUGUAGCUCUCAGAGGAUAAAGAGUUAAUGACCACUGACUUGCUCAAGCAUUAUUUAUUCUAAGAGAUUUUAGGGGGCAGAAGGGUUCAUUACUCAGGCCUGUAACAUGCCAUCAACUUUUAGGCCAUACUCAUUUAUUUCAGCAAGUAACUCUACUUAAAAAUUGAUGUCACUUUGAAGUCUUUCAUUACUUUAAUAUCCUAUAUGCUUUAUAAAACUAACUGCUUUAUGUAUCUGUGGGUCUAAAGCGUUACAGUCCUCAAUAAAACUACUACAGCUCUAAAGACUGCUUUUUAAUUGGGAUGGAUUAGGAGGCACUUGGUGCAAUCCACCACAAGCUGAAUAUUUACACAGCUGCAGGAGGAACAGCACUUGCACCUUUUGAGGCCUCAGCACAGACAAAUUCAUAUACGUGAGUAUCAGGAGGAAGCAGGGCAGCCAGGUGGUAAUUUGGGUGGAUAUGCAGCAAAAUCUGGUUUUAAUCUAUUUUGCCAUAGAAAAUCAUGCCUAAUUUGCUUGUUUGCACAAACAGCAACGUGUUUGUUGCUUAAUGCACCUCGUUUACUUACAAAUCUGCAAUUUUGAGGGCAAAGGAUUUAUAAGGACACACUAGAGCUCUGGGACACCCUACAGGACACUGAUGGAGGCAGCACCACCCUCGUGUCAGGCACUGGAUCACAUUCACCAAGACCUUCUCUAAGUGAGAGCCACGAACACCUGUUCUUCCCUCUGAUCACGGAAUUCCUGUGUGGACUUGACAACAGGUACCUGGAAAUACAGAGCCCACCAUCCCCGGGGAGCUGAGGAACCUCUCUGUGCCUGCAUCAACAGCCUGGGAGGAGCAAGCUGGGCAGCACUGCUGGAAAAAGCUGCUGGGAAGGGGAUGGUAUUGAGCCCCUCCUGCUCCUAAGAGGCAACCAAAUGGAAAAAGGCACUCCUGGGAACAGGAAUGCCUGAGAAAAAAAGGCCUGGGAGGAUUCCUGGGUGUAA